GGCACGGUGGCGGCGGCGGCGGCGCGGCGGGCGGCUCGGCUGCCUCGGGCCGUAGACGGCCGCUUAGGGAUUUCUGUCAGUUUUUUUGUGUGGCGCUGUCGCCCAAGGCUGCGAAUCUGGGAGUCCCCAGGAGCGUUUAGGGGAGGGACCGAGGUCGCUGUGUCCUGAACAGAGGGGCCGGUGCGCCCGGAGUCUGCGCUCGUUCGCGGAACCGCUGCGGUGCCCCGGUCCGCUCUCCUCAGCAUGAGCAGCCCGUAGGAGCGAGGUCUCACCGGUUCCCUCGCACUGGAGGCGGCAGCGGCCGCUUCGGCAGCGACAGUUAUGGCGGUGGAGACGCGGCCGGAGCUGGUGGGGAAGCGGUUCCUGUGUGUAGCGGUCGGCGACGAGGCGCGUCAGGAGCGCUGGGAGAGCGGACGCGGCUGGCGAAGCUGGCGAGCGGGGGUCAUCCGAGCCGUGUCACACAGGGACAGCCGCCAUCCGGACCUAGCGGUGUAUGUGGAAUUUGAUGAUCUUGAAUGGGAUAAACGAGAGUGGGUUAAAGUUUAUGAAGAUUUUUCAACUUUCUUGGUGGAAUACCACUUAAUCUGGGCCAAAAGGAAUGACCCUAGCCAGACUCAGGGAUCAAAGAGCAAACAGAUUCAGUGGCCUGCAUUGACUUUCAAACCUCUGGUUGAAAGAAGUAUACCCAGUUCAGUCACUGCAGUAGAAUUCCUUGUAGAUAAGCAACUGGAGUUUUUAACUGAAGAUAGUGCCUUUCAGCCCUACCAGGACGACAUAGACAGCCUAAACCCAGUUCUCAGGGACAACCCGCAACUUCACGAGGAAGUGAAAGUCUGGGUAAAGGAACAAAAGGUUCAGGAGAUUUUUAUGCAAGGUCCUUAUUCCUUAAAUGGAUACAGAGUGAGAGUAUAUAGACAAGACUCUGCCACCCAGUGGUUUACUGGCAUAAUUACUCAUCAUGAUCUCUUCACCCGCACCAUGAUCGUUAUGAAUGAUCAGGUACUAGAACCACAGAAUGUCGAUCCUUCUAUGGUUCAAAUGACCUUUCUAGAUGAUGUUGUUCACUCUUUGUUAAAAGGUGAAAAUAUUGGCAUUACAUCACGGCGCAGAUCUCGUGCCAAUCAAAACGUCAACGCUGUUCACAGUCAUUACACACGUGCCCAAGCAAAUAGUCCCAGACCAGCAAUGAACUCACAAGCUGCUGUACCAAAACAGAAUACACACCAGCAACAGCAACAAAGAAGUAUCCGUCCAAAUAAGAGGAAGGGCUCAGAUAGCAGUAUACCAGAUGAAGAGAAGAUGAAGGAGGAAAAAUAUGAUUAUAUAUCACGAGGAGAAAAUCCUAAAGGUAAAAACAAACACUUGAUGAACAAAAGAAGGAAACCUGAGGAAGACGAAAAGAAACUAAAUAUGAAAAGACUUCGAACUGACAAUGUUUCAGACUUUUCUGAGAGCAGUGACUCAGAAAAUUCAAAUAAGAGAAUAACAGAUAAUUCCUCAGAACAGAAACCAGAGAAUGAAUUGAAAAAUAAAAAUACUUCAAAAAUAAAUGGAGACGAAGGAAAACCCCAUAAUAAUGAGAAGUCAGGAGAAGAGACCCUAAAAGAUAACCAGUCUCCCUGGGAUCAAAUACAGGAAGAUAAAAAACAUGAAGAAGCAGAGAAGCGGAAGCCUGUUGACACUCAGCUUCAAGAAGAUAUGAUUAUCCAUUCAUCAGAACAGUCCACACCUUCUGAUCAUAAUCCUAAUGAUUUACUUCCUCAGGAAUGCAAUAUGGAAAAAACCCGUACAGUGGAAUCACUACCAAAGGAGAAGUUUAUAUCCAGACCACCCACACCAAAAUGUGUUAUUGAUAUUACAAAUGACACUAAUUUAGAAAAGGUGGCUCAGGAAAACUCAAGUACCUUUGGCCUUCAGACACUUCAGAAAAUGGAUCCUAAUGUUAGUGAUUCAAAACACUCUAUUGCAAAUGCAAAAUUCUUGGAAAUAGCUAAACAAGAUUCUGAUCAGAGCUGGGUCAGUGAUGUAGUUAAAGUGGAUUUAACCCAAUCAAGUGUUAUAAAUGCUUCUUCAGGAAAUGAUCCCUUGAACAUGGAAAAAGAGAAGUAUGUCUCUUAUAUUUCUCCUUUAAGUGCAGUUUCUGUCAUGGAAGAUAAGCUGCAUAAGCGAAGUCCACCUCCAGAGACUGUAAAAUCUAAACUUAAUACUUCAGUAGAUACUCACAAGAUAAAAUCCAGUCCCUCACCUGAAGUUGUUAAACCCAAAAUAACUCAUUCUCCUGAUUCUGUAAAGUCUAAGGCCACUUAUGUGAACAACCAAGUUGCUGGUGAAAGAAGACUGGCAAAUAAGAUAGAACAUGAGCUAUCGAGAUGCAGUUUUCAUCCAAUUCCUACUCGAAGCAGUACGUUAGAAACUACAAAGAGUCCUCUUAUCAUUGAUAAAAAUGAGCAUUUUACAGUUUACAGAGAUCCUGCACUUAUUGGGUCAGAAACAGGAGCGAAUCAUAUUUCACCUUUCCUAAGCCAGCAUCCUUUUCCUCUUCACUCCUCAUCUCAUAGAACCUGUUUAAAUCCAGGUACCCAUCAUCCUGCCUUAACUCCUGCACCCCACUUACUAGCCGGGUCAUCUAGUCAAACUCCAUUACCUACCAUUAACACUCACCCUCUGACUAGUGGUCCACACCAUGCUGUUCAUCAUCCUCAUUUACUUCCCACUGUGUUACCUGGAGUGCCUACUGCCUCCUUACUUGGUGGCCACCCACGACUAGAGAGUGCUCAUGCCAGCAGCUUGAGCCACUUAGCACUAGCACACCAGCAACAACAACAGUUGUUACAGCACCAGUCACCUCAUCUUCUUGGACAAGCCCAUCCUUCUGCUUCAUAUAAUCAGCUUGGACUUUAUCCAAUUAUUUGGCAGUAUCCAAAUGGAACACAUGCAUACUCAGGACUUGGUUUGCCUUCUUCUAAGUGGGUUCACCCAGAAAAUGCAGUUAAUGCUGAGGCUUCAUUAAGGAGGAAUUCUCCCAGUCCUUGGCUACAUCAGCCCACCCCUGUGACCUCAGCAGAUGGUAUUGGAUUACUUAGUCACAUUCCUGUCAGACCUUCCAGUGCAGAGCCUCAUCGGCCUCUUAAAAUUACAGCCCAUUCCAGUCCACCAUUGACAAAAACUUUAGCAGAUCAUCAUAAGGAAGAAUUAGAAAGGAAAGCUUUUAUGGAACCACUACGGUCUGUUGCAUCCACAUCAACAAAAAAUGACCUCGAUCUAAAUCGGUCACAGACUGGGAAAGAUUGUCACUUACACAGGCAUUUUGUGGAUCCAGUAUUAAAUCAGUUACAGAGGCCACCCCAGGAGACUGGAGAGAGAUUAAACAAAUACAAAGAGGAACACCGUCGAAUUCUUCAAGAAAGUAUUGAUGUUGCUCCCUUUACAACUAAAAUCAAGGGACUUGAGGGUGAAAGAGAGAAUUAUUCUAGAGUGGCAUCAUCAUCUUCCAGUCCUAAAAGCCAUGUCAUCAAACAAGAUACAGAUGUAGAACGCUCAGUAUCAGAUCUUUAUAAAAUGAAGCACUCAGUGCCUCAGAGUUUACCCCAAAGUAACUAUUUCACUACAUUGUCUAAUAGUGUGGUCAAUGAACCACCGAGAUCAUACCCAUCCAAAGAAGUUUCAAAUAUUUACAGUGAUAAACAGAGUAAUGCCCUUGCAGUGGCAGCAGCUAAUCCUCAAACUCUGACUUCAUUUAUAACAUCUCUUUCAAAGCCUCCACCUUUGAUUAAACACCAACCAGAAAGUGAAGGUUUAGUAGGCAAGAUACCAGAGCAGCUUCCGCAUCAGAUUGCAUCUCACUCAGUAACAGCCUUCAGAAAUGAUUGUAGGAGUCCUACCCAUUUGACAGUUUCUUCUACAAAUACACUCCGCAGUAUGCCUGCAUUACAUAGAGCACCAGUAUUUCACCCACCAAUCCAUCACAGCCUGGAAAGAAAGGAAGGCAGCUAUAGUAGCCUUUCCCCUCCAACUUUAACUCCAGUGAUGCCAGUAAAUGCUGGUGGGAAAGUUCAAGAAUCACAGAAGCCUCCAACUCUAAUACCCGAGCCAAAAGACUCUCAGGCAAAUUUUAAGAGUUCUUCAGAACAGAGUUUGACAGAGAUGUGGAGACCUAAUAAUAACCUCAGCAAAGAGAAAACCGAAUGGCAUGUGGAGAAAAGCAGCGGAAAGUUACAGGCUGCUAUGGCAUCUGUCAUUGUGCGUCCAUCUUCUAGUACAAAAACUGAUAGUAUGCCAGCAAUGCAGUUAGCUUCUAAAGAUCGAGUUAGUGAAAGAUCUUCAGCUGGGGCACAUAAAACAGAUUGCCUCAAACCAGCAGAAGCUGGAGAAACUGGAAGAAUCAUUUUGCCAAAUGUGAAUUCAGACAGUGUUCACAUAAAAUCUGAAAAAAACUUUCAGGCUGUCUCACAGGGCAGUGUUCCCAGUUCAGUCAUGUCUGCUGUAAAUACAAUGUGUAAUACCAAAACGGAUGUAAUCACAUCUGUUGCCGCUACUACCAGUGUUUCCAGCUGGGGUGGUUCAGAAGUAACUUCAUCUUUAUCAAAUACCAUUUUGGCCUCUACAUCAUCAGAAUGUACAUCUUCAAAAAGUGUCAGUCAGCCAGUGGCUCAAACACAAGAAUGCAAGGUCAGCACCACAGCUCCAGUUAUAUUAGCCAGUAGUAAGACAGGAAGUGUUGUUCAACCCAGUUCUGGGUUAUCAGGCACAACUGAUUUUAUCCAUUUGAAAAAGCACAAGGCAGCAUUGGCUGCAGCUCAGUAUAAAAGUAGUAACGUUAGUGAGACUGAGUCUAAUGCUGUAAAAAAUCAGACAUCUUCAGCCUCCCUUCCUCUGGAUAGCACUGUAAUCUGUAGUACAAUUAACAAAGCAAACUCUGUAGGAAAUGGGCAAGCUUCCCAGACAAGUCAACCAAACUACCAUACUAAACUGAAAAAGGCCUGGCUCACCAGACAUUCAGAAGAAGAUAAAAAUACUAAUAAAAUGGAAAAUUCAGGGAAUUCUGUAUCAGAAAUUAUUAAGCCAUGUUCUGUCAACUUAAUAGCCUCUACAUCUAGUGAUAUACAAAAUAGUGUGGAUAGUAAGAUCAUAGUUGAUAAAUAUAUAAAAGAUGAUAAAGUCAAUAGGAGAAAAGCCAAAAGAACUUAUGAAUCUGGCUCUGAAAGUGGAGACUCAGAUGAAAGUGAAAGCAAGUCAGAGCAAAGGACUAAAAGGCAACCUAAGCCAACUUACAAAAAGAAGCAAAAUGAUUUGCAGAAGAGAAAAGGUGAAAUAGAAGAAGAUUUGAAACCUAAUGGAGUUCUCAGCAGGAGUGCCAAAGAAAAAAGUAAAUUGAAGUUGCAAAGCAACAGUAAUACUGGCAUUCCUCGUUCAGUAUUAAAAGAUUGGCGUAAAGUCAAGAAGCUGAAGCAAACUGGGGAAUCCUUUUUACAGGAUGACUCCUGCUGUGAGAUAGGGCCUAAUUUACAAAAGUGCCGAGAAUGCAGACUUAUUCGCAGUAAAAAAGGAGAAGAACCAGCUCACUCACCGGUAUUUUGUAGAUUUUACUACUUUAGACGGUUGUCAUUUAGUAAAAACGGAGUAGUUAGAAUAGAUGGUUUCUCUUCUCCUGACCAAUAUGAUGAUGAAGCUAUGAGUUUGUGGACACAUGAAAAUUAUGAAGAUGAUGAACUAGAUAUAGAAACUUCUAAAUAUAUCUUGGAUAUAAUAGGUGAUAAGUUCUGUCAAUUAGUAACAUCUGAAAAAACAGCUUUGUCAUGGGUGAAAAAGGAUGCCAAAAUUGCCUGGAAAAGAGCAGUGAGAGGAGUCCGGGAGAUGUGUGAUGCAUGUGAAGCAACAUUGUUUAACAUUCACUGGGUCUGCCAAAAAUGUGGAUUUGUGGUCUGCUUAGAUUGUUACAAGGCAAAGGAAAGGAAGAGUUCUAGAGAUAAAGAACUAUAUGCUUGGAUGAAGUGUGUGAAGGGACAGCCUCAUGAUCACAAACAUUUAAUGCCAACCCAAAUUAUACCUGGUUCUAUUUUGACAGAUCUUCUAGAUGCCAUGCACACUCUUAGGGAAAAAUAUGGUAUUAAAUCUCAUUGUCAUUGUACUAACAAACAGAAUUCACAAGUUGGAAAUUUUCCUGCAAUGAAUGGUGUAUCUCAAGUUUUACAGAAUGUUCUUAAUCAUGGUAAUAAAAUUUCUCUGUGCAUGCCUGAGUCUCAGCAGCAAAAUACUCCUCAGAAGUCUGAGAAAAAUGGCAGCAGCAGCCCAGAGAGUGAUGUAGGCACAGAUAACAAGUUAACUCCUCCAGAAUCCCAGUCACCACUGCACUGGUUAGCAGAUCUUGCAGAGCAAAAAUCCAGAGAGGAAAAAAAAGAAAACAAAGAACUUACCCUUGAAAAACAAAUUAAAGAAGACAGAGAACAAGACAACUCUGAAUCUCCAAAUGGCAGAACAUCACCUCUUGUGUCCCAGAAUAAUGAACAAGGCUCAACCUUACGGGAUCUGCUGACUACAACAGCUGGAAAGCUACGUGUGGGCUCUACAGAUGCUGGCAUUGCCUUUGCCCCAGUAUACUCAAUGGGAGCCCCAAGUAGCAAAAGUGGACGGACUAUGCCUAACAUUCUUGAUGACAUAAUUGCUUCAGUUGUUGAAAACAAAAUUCCACCAAGUAAGACCUCCAAGAUAAAUGUAAAACCAGAGCUUAAAGAAGAGCCUGAAGAAAGCAGAAUAUCUGCAGUGGAUGAAAAUAAUAAAUUGUACAGUGAUAUACCACAUUCUUGGAUCUGUGAGAAGCAUAUUUUAUGGCUUAAGGACUACAAGAAUAGCAAUAACUGGAAACUUUUCAAAGAAUGUUGGAAACAAGGACAGCCUGCAGUGGUUUCUGGUGUGCAUAAGAAAAUGAACAUUAGCCUAUGGAAGGCGGAAUCAAUUAGUCUUGAUUUUGGAGACCACCAAGCUGAUCUCCUGAACUGCAAAGAUAGCAUCAUUUCAAAUGCCAAUGUUAAGGAAUUCUGGGAUGGUUUUGAAGAAGUUUCAAAACGGCAGAAAAACAAAAGUGGAGAAACAGUUGUUUUAAAAUUGAAAGAUUGGCCUUCAGGAGAAGACUUCAAGACUAUGAUGCCAACAAGAUACGAAGAUCUUUUAAAAAGUCUACCAUUGCCAGAAUAUUGUAAUCCAGAAGGAAAAUUCAAUUUGGCCUCUCAUUUGCCAGGAUUUUUUGUACGUCCUGAUCUAGGACCCAGGUUGUGCAGUGCCUAUGGUGUAGUUGCUGCUAAAGAUCAUGAUAUAGGAACAACAAAUCUCCAUAUUGAAGUUUCUGAUGUUGUAAAUAUUCUAGUCUAUGUUGGCAUAGCAAAAGGAAAUGGCAUUCUCUCAAAAGCAGGAAUACUCAAGAAAUUUGAGGAAGAAGAUUUGGAUGACAUUUUAAGGAAAAGACUGAAGGACUCAAGUGAAAUACCUGGUGCUCUGUGGCAUAUUUAUGCUGGGAAAGAUGUUGACAAGAUAAGAGAAUUUCUCCAAAAGGUAGUUCAGAAUUUUCACAGCUGUAUUCAGGUAACUGAAGACUUUGUGUCUCCAGAACAUCUUGUAGAGUCAUUUCAUUUAACACAGGAACUGAGACUUUUGAAGGAAGAAAUCAAUUAUGAUGAUAAACUACAGGUUAAAAAUAUUUUGUAUCAUGCAGUCAAAGAAAUGGUGAAAGCCUUGAAGAUACAUGAGGAUGAAGUAGAGGAUAUGGAAGAAAAUUAAGUGUGAUCCAGUUUGAUAUUUUUAGGUCAUUGAACUGGGAUUACUUAACCUUGAAUGAUGAUAUGUAUGCACACUGACUUAAGUUUCAUAAAACCAUCAGUGCCAAGAAAUUCUCUUUGUAGUAAUUACUUGUUACUGACACCGCAGCAGUAUAGCAUAUGUCACAGCUCCUGUGAUUCAAUGUUGUAAAACAAGCAGAAUUUUAAAAGCAGCACUAUAUAGCUGUUUUGUAUUAUAAUGUAUAUGAUGUUUGUGAAAAUGCCAGAUUUAAAAUGAUGUAUUUAUUUUUGGUAAAAAAUAAAAAAAUUCUAUGCUAUAUUGUUGAUCAAGUGUAAAUGUGACCUUGUACAGUUUACUAAAAUUACUGAUAUUUUUCACUACAUUGAGACAGUUACUGUGAGAAUAGGACACAAACACCAGCUAUUGCCUGCAUCUGGGAAAUUGCUGAAUCGCACAGCAGUCAUGUCAUAAUCAGAAAAUUACUGCCAAAUAAUUGUAAAAUUUGUAAAGUAUAAAGUAUAUAAAGUAGAUACUAAAUACAGACACUUCAAUAUUUUGUUGAAGCUAUUGACUGUACAAUUAAACAUUUUCAAAAGGUGUAAUUUAUUUAAAAUUGUCUCAUUUUGGUAAAAUUUAUGUGACCUUUUAAAGCUAAAUAUUAAACUUAAUAUGCUAUGUAAAUAUAUACAUAUAUACAUUUAAUGAUGUAUUUUUUUAAAACAUUGGCUUGCUUUUGUUAAAGUGCAAGUGUUACAUAUGGCUUUGUACAUUAAAGUUGAAAGGGGUUUUACAUUUUCCAUUAAAAGGACUUUAUCAAAAAUU